CAGAAAUUUUUCACAGCAGCACUUUAUAAAUGUAGCCUGAGACAAACACUGCUUCCAAAGCAAAUCAGGGGAAUCGCUAGUCUUGAGCCUUAGUUGUUAAUUGAAAGCGAUGUCCGGAUUGCCUUCUUCUUUACCUUCUUCUUUCCCUCUUGUUCAGAGCGAAGCUCUGGGUAUGCCCAGGGUUCAUGCACCUAAACCCGUAGAGGGUAAUGCCACUGAACCUGCUACGGGCCCCUCGCCUGCGCUGUACUCUGUUGAUGGUGAAAGAAAAGAAUACAAGUUAAUGGCUUUAGAGCUUGAAGACCACAGCGUCCUUCAAGGAUACUCCUUCGGAUAUGACAAGUCGGUUUCUGGUGAAUUGGUGUUCCAAACUGGUAUGGUAGGAUACCCAGAGUCAUUGACAGAUCCUUCCUACCGUGGUCAAAUACUGGUUUUCACGUUCCCUAAUAUCGGUAACUACGGUGUUCCUGACAGAAACAUUGAAGAUGCCAUUAAAGGCAUCCCCAAAUACUUUGAAUCUAAUGAAAUUCAUGCCUCUGCUAUAAUUAUUUCUUCCUACUCCCAAAACUACUCUCACUUUUUAGCUCACUCUUCAUUGGGCGAUUGGCUUAAAGAACAAGGAAUCCCCGGUAUUUUUGGUAUUGACACUCGUGCCUUAACAAAAAAAAUUCGCAAGCAAGGUUCUAUGCUUGGCCGUUUGCUUCUUCAAAAAGAUAAUAAACAUAUUGAACCCUCUAAAAUCACUGAUUUUGGCCGCAAUUGGAAAGAUGAAUUCCAAGAUAUUCCUUGGAAAAAUCCUAAUGCUAAAAACCUAACUGCUGAGGUUUCUAUUAAGGAACCGAAACUUUAUGAACCCCAUGCUUCAAAAGCCCUCAAAAAAGCUGAUGGAAAAACUAUGCGAAUUAUUGCGGUUGAUGUCGGUAUGAAAUAUAAUCAAAUUCGCUGUUUUGUCACUCGUGGUGUUGAACUAUUAGUUGUACCUUGGGAUUAUGAUUUCUCAAAAGAGAAUUACGAUGGUUUAUUUAUUAGUAACGGUCCUGGUGAUCCUUCUCUUAUGGACCUAACAGUAGAACGUGUACGCCGCGUCAUUGAAUCCAAGACCAUCCCCGUUUUUGGUAUUUGCUUCGGUCAUCAAAUUCUGGCUCGUGCUGCUGGUGCUUCCACCGUUAAGAUGAAGUUCGGUAACCGCGGUCAUAAUAUUCCUUGCACUUGUUUAGUUUCAGGAAGAUGUUACAUUACUUCCCAAAACCACGGAUAUGCUGUUAAUGCUGAUACUCUUCCAUCUGGCUGGAAAGAGCUAUACGUCAAUGCUAACGACGGCUCCAACGAGGGUAUAUAUAACACUGAGUAUCCAUUCUUUUCCGUCCAAUUCCAUCCCGAAUCCACACCUGGUCCCCGUGAUACAGAGUUUUUGUUCGAUGUUUUCAUUGAUACCAUUAAGCGCUCUGCUGACUCCGGCAAACUUCAAAUGUUCAAGCUUCCUGGUGGUACUUUGGAAGAGAAUCAAGCCAAACAUCCUCGCAUUGAUGCCAAGCGUGUCUUGGUGCUUGGCAGUGGUGGUUUGAGUAUUGGACAAGCAGGUGAGUUUGAUUACUCCGGUAGUCAAGCUAUUAAGGCUCUUCGCGAGGAAGGAAUUUACACCAUUUUAAUAAACCCUAAUAUUGCUACUAUUCAAACCUCUAAGGGCCUAGCCGACAAAGUUUAUUUCCUCCCUGUUACCGCCGAUUUCGUUCGAAAGGUUAUCAAGCAGGAGCGCCCUGAUGGUAUUUAUGUUACUUUUGGUGGUCAAACUGCAUUGAAUGUCGGUAUUGAACUGAAGGACGAGUUUGAGUCUCUUGGUGUAAAGGUACUUGGUACUUCUGUUGACACUAUUAUUACUACAGAAGAUCGCGAAAAGUUUGCACGUGCUAUGGAUGAAAUUGACGAAAAGUGCGCCAAGUCAGCUAGUGCUUCUUCUCUUGAAGAAGCUCUGAAGGUUUCAAAAGACAUUUCUUUCCCCGUGAUUGUUCGUGCUGCUUAUGCUCUUGGUGGAUUGGGAUCUGGUUUUGCUGACAAUGAAGAGGAAUUAAUUGAUUUAUGUAAUCGUGCGUUCGCAACGAGUCCCCAAGUUUUAAUUGAGCGCAGUAUGAAGGGAUGGAAAGAAAUUGAAUAUGAAGUUGUACGUGAUGCUUUCGACAACUGUAUUACCGUUUGUAAUAUGGAGAAUUUUGAUCCUCUUGGUAUUCAUACAGGUGACUCUAUCGUUGUUGCACCCUCGCAAACCUUGACGGAUGAGGAUUAUAAUAUGCUCCGUACUACAGCCGUGAAUGUUAUUCGUCAUCUCGGUGUUGUCGGUGAAUGUAAUAUUCAAUAUGCCCUUAAUCCUUUCACCAAAGAGUAUUGCAUUAUUGAAGUAAAUGCUCGUCUUUCUCGAUCUUCUGCUCUCGCAUCGAAAGCUACUGGUUAUCCCUUAGCCUUCACUGCAGCUAAACUAGGUUUGAACAUCCCAUUGAACGAAAUCAAGAAUUCUGUUACUAAAGUUACAUGUGCAUGCUUUGAACCCAGUCUCGAUUAUGUUGUCGUUAAAAUUCCUCGCUGGGAUUUGAAGAAGUUUACUCGUGUUAGCACGCAAUUAAGCUCUUCUAUGAAAUCCGUUGGUGAAGUCAUGAGUAUUGGUCGUACAUUUGAAGAAGCAAUUCAAAAGGCUAUUCGUGCAAUUGAUUAUAGUAACGGCGGUUUUAACGUUAAGGAUGCUUUAAUGUCUAUUGACCAAGAAUUACAGACUCCUUCUGAUCAACGUCUUUUUGCUAUCGCAAAUGCAAUGAACUCUGGUUACACAGUCGAACGCAUCUGGAAAUUAACCAGCAUUGAUAGAUGGUUCUUAGAGAAGCUAAUGGGUUUAAUUCGUAUGGCUAAAGAGAUUUCCAAAUAUGAUAUCUCUACCCUGCCAGUGCCACUUUUACGAACUGCUAAGCAGUUAGGAUUUGCAGAUGUUCAAAUUGCUUCAUUCAUGAAUUCUAAUGAGCUCGCUGUCCGACGUAUCCGAACCGAGGCUGGUAUCAGGACAUUUGUUAAGCAGAUUGACACUGUAGCUGCUGAAUUCCCUGCAUUUACUAACUAUCUUUACACGACUUACAAUGCUUCUGAACAUGACAUUCAUUUCGAAGAUAAGGGUGUGAUGGUAUUGGGUUCAGGUGUUUAUCGAAUUGGAUCUUCUGUCGAAUUUGACUGGUGUGCUGUUCGUACCGUCCGUACUCUUCGCGAUCGAGGUAUUAAGACAAUUAUGGUUAACUAUAAUCCUGAGACAGUAUCUACCGAUUACGAUGAAGCUGACCGGCUUUAUUUCGAAAACAUUAGUCUGGAAACUGUGCUUGAUAUUUACCAACAAGAAUCUUCUUCUGGUGUAAUCAUCUCUAUGGGAGGUCAAACUUCGAAUAACAUCGCACUUCCACUCUAUAGAGAGAAUGUGAAGAUUCUCGGUACUUCUCCUGAAAUGAUUGAUGGUGCCGAAAAUCGUUUUAAAUUCUCCCGUAUGCUUGAUGAUAUUGGUGUUGAUCAACCCAAAUGGAAGGAAUUGACCAGCUUCGAAGAGGCUGAAGAAUUUUGCGAAAGAGUUUCCUACCCGGUGCUUGUUCGUCCUUCAUAUGUUUUGUCUGGUGCAGCUAUGAAUACCGUGUAUUCAAAGACAGAUCUUCAAAAUUAUUUGAAGCAGGCUGUUGCUAUCAACAAGGAUCAUCCAGUUGUAAUCUCGAAAUACAUUGAAAAUGCCAAGGAAAUUGAGUUGGAUGCUGUCGCACGUGACGGUAGAAUGGUUAUGCAUGUUAUUUCUGAACACGUCGAAAACGCUGGUGUGCAUUCUGGUGAUGCUACUCUCGUUCUUCCCCCUCAAGAUUUAGACCCUGCUACUAUAUCUAGAAUUGUUGAUGCCGCUGCAAAAAUCGGUGAAGCAUUAAACGUUACGGGUCCUUACAACAUCCAAUUUAUCGCCAAAGAUAACGAGAUUAAGGUUAUUGAAUGUAACGUUCGUGCCUCAAGAUCAUUCCCUUUUGUUUCUAAAGUUAUGGGUGCUGAUUUAAUUUCUAUGGCAACUGAAGUUAUUAUGGGGUUCCCCAUUAAGCCUUAUCCUGAGAUUAACCUUCCUCGUGACUAUGUUGCCGUAAAGGUUCCUCAGUUUAGUUUCAGCAGAUUAUCCGGUGCUGAUCCUGUUCUUGGUGUCGAAAUGGCCUCAACUGGUGAAGUUGCUUGCUUUGGACACAACAAGUUUGAAGCUUACUUGAAGGCUAUGAUUUCCACUGGAUUCAGAUUACCUAAGCAAAAUAUUCUUAUUUCCAUAGGUUCAUACAAGGAGAAAGCCGAAUUGUUACCAUACGUCAGAAGACUUCACAAUGCUGGCUAUAAUAUCUUUGCAACCGCUGGUACCUCCGAUUACCUCAUGGAAAGUGGUGUUCCUUGCAAAUAUCUAGCCGAUAUUCCUGCUGAGGAAGCCAAUAACGACUUUUCAUUAUCAGCACAUCUUGCGAACAACAUGAUCGAUAUGUAUAUCAACUUACCAUCGAAUAAUCGCUAUCGCCGUCCCGCGAAUUACAUUAGCAGCGGCUAUAAGAGUCGUCGACUUGCUAUUGACUACUCUGUUCCACUGGUAACUAAUGUCAAAUGUGCUAAGUUAAUGAUUGAAGCAAUUUGCAGAAAGCCCGAUUUCAGUCUUAGUUCUGUUGAUUUUCAAAGUAGUUUCCAGACCGAGAAUCUUCCUGGUCUUAUUAAUAUUGGCGGAUACCUUCCCGAAUUCAGCGCUGAGGCUAUUAGCGACUAUACUGAAGAAUGUAUAGCAGCUGGUUUUACCAUGACUCGUUUCUUGCCUUUCAGUAAAAAGGGAAUCCUUGCCGAUAAAGAAUCAUUGGCCAACGCUAGAAAGGCCGCUUUAGACAAUGCUCAUUGUGACUACAACUUCUCAGUGGUCGCAUCUUCUGUAAAUGAAGAAACAAUUGCCGACCUAAAAGCGGAAUCUGGUUGUCUUUAUCUUCAUUUUGAAAACACUUCUUCUGGUAUGGAUCACGUUACCGAGAUUGCAUCUCAUUUCAGUUUGUGGCCCCAGACCCAUGCAGUUGUCACCGAUGCUAAAUCUACUACACUAGCUUCUGUAUUGUUGCUUGCUAGUUUGCACAACCGUAGAAUCCAUGUUGCUAGCGUCACUUCAAAGGACGAUAUUAACCUUAUCGUUUUGGCUAAACAAAAGAGUCUUCCAGUUACCUUCGAUGUGUCAAUUUACAGUUUGUUCCUAACUCAAAAUGAUUUCCCUGGAGCUAGAUUUUUACCUACUCCAGAAGAUCAAAAGGAAUUAUGGAACAAGCUUGAGUAUAUUGACUGUUUUUCAAUUGGAAGUGUUUGUGUCCGUCUAGCAGAGUUUACUGGUCAUAAGGUUUCUACUGGUUAUGGUAUUCGUGAAGCUUUACCUCUUCUGCUCUCAGCUGUUCAUGAUGGUCGUUUGACCUUAAAUGAUGUUAUUGAUCGUUUGUAUACCAAUCCUAAGGAGAUUUUCCGUCUUCAUGAGCAAGAUGACUCGGGAAUGCAAAUUGAAACUGAUCGUCCUAUUCCUAGUCAAACUUCUGAAUGGUCUCCUUUAAGCGGUAAGAAGCUUUUUGGUAGUGUCCAAUCCGUCAAAUUUGGUGGACAUGAUGUUUACUUUGAUGGUGAACUUAACUUUAAGUCUACUAAUGGCCGUGAUUAUUCGACUUCCAAACAUUCCGAGAAGCCAGUAUCUGUUAGGAAAGCUAGUGCUUUAAUGAGUCCUGGCCUUCCUCAUGCUGCUCCUUCACUUGCUGAGGCUUUCGGUCAAGCACCAGAAAACAGAGCUCGUCCUGAAUUAACUUUCAAUUUCACCCCAAGUUUCAGUCCUUCUCGUGAAUUGGUUAAUAUGAUUAAUAGCUCGCCUUUCUAUCGUAAACACAUCAUUUCUGUGCACCAAGUUACACGCUCAGACCUCCAUCUUUUGUUCGCGAUCGCCCAUCAAAUGCGUAUAAUUGUGGAAAGACAAGGUGUCAUUGAUCUUUGCUACGGAAAGAUAUUGUGUACAAUGUUUUUUGAGUCUUCUACUCGAACUUCUUCAUCAUUUGAUGCCGCUAUGCAGCGUUUAGGUGGUAAGGUUGUGGCUGUUACUGCAAGCGCUUCUAGUGUAAACAAAGGUGAAAGUCUUGCCGAUACUAUUCGUACUCUUGGCUGCUACGGCGAUGCUGUUGUUUUGCGUCAUCCUUCGGUUGAAAGUGCUCGUAUCGCAGCUACAUUUUCUCCUGUUCCAAUUAUUAACGGUGGUAAUGGUUCUAAGGAGCAUCCUACUCAAGCAUUCUUGGAUUUGUACACUAUUCGUGAAGAGCUUGGUAGUGUCAAUGGAUUGACUAUCACCUUCGUUGGUGACUUGAAGUAUGGACGUACUGUUCAUUCUUUAGCUCGUUUACUUGCUUUCUGGCAAGUAGAGCUUCAUCUUGUUUCUCCUGAACAACUUCAGCUGCCUGAUGAUGUUAAAGAAGAUCUCCGCGCUAGUGGUUUGAACUUCGUUGAACAUCGUGAGCUCUCUAAGGACGUUGUUGCUCAAUCGGAUGUGCUCUAUUGUACACGUGUUCAAAAGGAACGCUUUUCAAGCAUUGAAGAGUAUGAAGAAUUGAAGGAUUCCUUCAUUGUUGAUAACAACCUCUUAACUGCCGCCAAACCACACACCAUCGUGAUGCAUCCUUUACCCAGGAACCGUGAAAUCAGUGAAGAAGUUGAUUUUGAUCAAAAGCGUGCUGCUUACUUCCGUCAAAUGCGUUAUGGUUUGUACAUUCGUAUGGCUUUAUUGGCAUGUGUUAUGGGUGCUAGUGAAUCUCAUAAUUAGGUUGGAUUUGCCAUAUAUUUUUGAGUUUUUUUUUGGAUUAUCUUUUGCUUGAGAAAUUGGUUACAUAAUGAUGUUACGUUUUUAGAAGAAAUAAAUGCUAACAUAUUAAUAUUAAUUGUUAAUAGGAGUAUGGAUCCAUUUGUAAUAAUAAAUUUUUCCAUUAAUAACUCAUCCAUGUUUCUAAUACUUGGUUCCAUGCUUUUAGAUAGAUUUUACUUAGGUUUGAUGAAAUUUGUGUAGUCAAUAACAUUUUUAAAACUACUUUUUAUUUUUAUUUUACA